AUGUCCUCCCGAGCAUCCUCCAUCCGCCAAGUCCCUAUCGUCAACAACCAGAUCUCCCUCGUCGACCAGGAAAGACAGCGAGAACGAGCAGACAAUGAACUCACAAGCGGCAGCGAACCUCCCACCGCCCCCUCCACCCCUGGCCCCUCGCCAUUGACGAAGCGUCUGACCUCCAACUCCAUCCAACUCCAACAAUCCCUCAAGCGCGAAUGGACCAGACGGAAAUACGCCAAGUACGACCGCGGCCGCUACAAAAUCAACGAGGAAGACACCGCCACUACCACCACCGCCGAAGACGACGAUGACGCCCCCGACCCUCCCGAAGACGCCGCGGCCUCCAUCGGCGAACCGGCCUCCAUCGGCGAACCGGCCACCGCGCAACAGACAUCCUACCUCGAGCGCGGCCGCGCGAAAGCCAAAACCCUCCUCAAACGCAAACGCACCCUCGGCGCCGGCAUCCACGCCCAAGAUCAAGUCAUCGACAUUCUCUACGAGAACCAGCGCGGCUUCUUUCUCUUCGGCCUGCCGCGCUACAGCGCCUCCACUUUACUACCAUCCGACCCCAAACCAUGGCAGAACGCGCAGUUUCGCACUUCGCCUGUCGAUAUCCGCAACGCGCAGGUGCCGGAUCCGAGCUGGGAGUGGGCGUGGAAGAGCUGGAGACGGUGGUUGCGGUUGAGAAGACGGAAGACGGUGGUGCAUCGGACGCGGGAGAAGGGGCAUGAGAUGACGUCGGAGUAUUUUACGAUUCAUCCGAAGACGUUGAGGGCAGGGCCGCAGGACGAUUUGACGAAGAUGGGGGAAGCGGAGUUGGCGAGGAUGCUACGGGAGAAGGAGGAAGAGGUCAUGGAUGUGGAGAAGAUGGAGAUUGCGGAUAUUGGGUCGUUGACUUCAGCUUUGAAGCACGCGGCUGUUGAUCGCGAGAAGCUUGUCGCGGUGCGUAAAUUCGUGAAAGAAGGCGGCGAUGAGUUGUUCUACCUAUCCGACCGCAUGCCGGAGAUUAUGAGCCUGUUCGUCUUCCAGUCUUCCCGGCGACAACUUCUCACGGAGCUGCUACAGCGCUACGACGAGACGAGCAAGCGGAAGCAGAGUCUCACCUCUCAUUCUCACGACAACGAAUCGACGCAAAAGGACCACGUCAGAGCAACGCGCCGAGCUGAGAACCUGAUGAAAGCCGUUCAAGCUGCGGACGAGCAAGUCAAGAAGCUCGAAUACUGGAGCGAUAUCAAAGGCAUGUCUCAGCGCGGCGACACCUUAUCAGACAGCGAAGGCGGCCACUGGGACGGCGACAAAUGGCAGGGUUUGCCUAGCCCAACCAGCACGCAAGACCAUCCUCACGGCUCGUUUGCUAGCAAACAAGCGGCCAGCGAUGGAAUGCACACCCUCCACUCCCACCCGGAGCACGAAAGCGAGGAUGAAGUCCGACAGAUGAAAGCGAGAGAGAACUCCCUCUUCUACGACGCCAAAACCCAGACGACAAAGGACAGCAGCGAAGAUACCCAAGGCGCUUACUCCACUGCCGCCGAAUCUGCUUCCCAAAUCAGCCGCCCGCGCAGCAUCGCCAAAGGCAAGGCGCCAGCCCGAAACCGCACAAAUCUCGACGGCGUUCUCGAGUCGUCCGACACGGAGCAAGUCGACGCCUCCGCGCAGACCGAAGACGAAGAACUCGAUCCCGAAUCCGGCCUCCCUUUCAUGACUCCUCCCGAGAGAGCGAUGAGCGCCGCGUCCGCUGCGCCGAAAACGCCUGGUGGUGGGAAGGGUUUGGGACGGAAACAGAGUGUGCAGAUGGUUGAGCCGGAGCCGGUGCUUGAGGUGGACGAUCUGCCCAGUCCGGCGAUUGGGCGGAGCUGA